CAGCUGCCCAGCAGUUUCGUCUGUACCUAGUCUGCUGUCAUGGCUUCGUUCACCGUGAAGGCCUAUCUUCUGGGGAAGGAGGAAGCGACCCGCGAGAUCCGCCGCUUCAGCUUCUGCUUCAGCCCGGAGCCGGAGGCCGAGGCUGCAUCGGGCCCAGGGCCCUGCGAAAGGCUGCUGAGCCGAGUGGCCGUGUUGUUCCCAACGCUGCGGCCUGGCGGCUUCCAGGCGCACUACCGCGAUGAGGACGGAGACUUGGUUGCCUUUUCCAGUGAUGAGGAGCUGACAAUGGCCAUGUCCUACGUGAAAGGAGACACCUUCCGCAUCUACAUUAAAGAGAAGAAGGAGUGCCGGCGGGAUCAUCGCCCACCAUGUGCUCAGGAGGCAUCCCGAAACAUGGUGCACCCCAAUGUGAUUUGUGAUGGUUGCAAUGGGCCUGUUGUGGGAACUCGUUACAAGUGCAGUGUGUGCCCAGACUACGACCUGUGCAGCAUCUGCGAGGGGAAGGGCCUGCACAGAGAACACAGCAAGCUCAUCUUUCCCAACCCCUUUGGCCACCUCUCUGAUAGCUUCUCUCACAGCCGCUGGCUUCGGAAGCUGAAACAUGGGCAUUUUGGCUGGCCUGGCUGGGAGAUGGGCCCACCUGGGAACUGGAGCCCACGUCCUCCUCGAGCAGGGGACACUCGCCCUUGCCCCACAGCUGAGCCAGCUUCUGCUCCGUCAGAGGACCCCAGUGUCAAUUUCCUGAAGAAUGUGGGGGAGAGUGUGGCAGCGGCCCUCAGUCCUCUAGGCAUUGAAGUUGACAUUGAUGUUGAACAUGGAGGGAAGAGAUGCCGCCUGACACCUACCUCCCCAGAAAGUUCCAGCACAGGCACAGAAGACAAGGGCAGUACUCAGCCAAGUAGCUGCUCUUCGGAAGUCAGCAAGCCAGAUAGGGCAGAAGAGGGCCCUGCACAGUCUCUGACAGAGCAAAUGAAAAAGAUAGCCUUGGAGUCAGUGGGACAGCCCGAGGAACAGAUGGAGUCUGAUAACUGCUCAGGAGGAGAUGAUGACUGGACACAUUUGUCUUCCAAAGAAGUGGACCCAUCCACAGGUGAACUCCAGUCUCUACAGAUGCCAGAAUCGGAAGGGCCAAGCUCUCUAGACCCCUCACAGGAAGGACCUACUGGACUGAAGGAAGCUGCCUUGUACCCACAUCUCCCACCAGAGGCUGAUCCCCGGCUGAUCGAGUCACUCUCCCAGAUGCUUUCCAUGGGCUUCUCUGAUGAAGGUGGCUGGCUCACCAGGCUCCUACAGACCAAGAAUUAUGACAUUGGAGCUGCUCUGGACACCAUCCAGUAUUCAAAGCACCCUCCACCAUUGUGAUAGCGUUUGUGCUUAAGCCCUGUGGCCCACCCCCUUUGUCUUCUAGUUGCAUUGAGUAGAGCAGCAGGCCUUUAUAGGGCCAGUUUCUUGAUAUUCCUCCAGAAUCCUCAGGUGGGAAUGUGGGAAGUAGGAAAGUGACAUGAAGUGAGAGUUCCAAGUGUGCAGUUACCUGUGGCUGAGCUUCCUGCCUUCCCUAGGCCUGGCCCUUGCCAGGGAGCUGCAGAGGCACACCGCGCUCCUAUUUACUCUUGCCGCGAGCAUUGCACCACAGUUCAGAA